AUGGAGGGUGGGCAGGGCGAGGGCCAGGAGCCCUUUGGGCAGAAACUGGGAGAACUGGUAGCAUCUCUAGAGGUGAUGGUGGUGGCAGGGGAACGGAGCAGGCUGGAGCUGCAGUCAUGCAGAUGCUGUGCAGGAUCACAGACGGUCCCAGCACUGCUCGUGGGGUUGGCAGCAGAAUUGUUGGAUAAUGACCUUGCUGGCAGCUCUGAGCUUCUCCGGUGGGACCGUGCCUGCAGUGACACCGAGGGGAGGGAUGGGAAGAGCAUCCCGGGCUCCAGGGAGUGUCAGGAAGCACCGAAGACUUGUAGCCCCAAACAGUUUGCAUGCAAAGAUCAGAUUACGUGCAUAUCUAAGGGCUGGCGCUGUGACGGGGAGAAGGAUUGUCCGGAUGGCUCGGAUGAAUCUCCCGAGAUAUGUCCCCAGAGCAAAGUGUCCCGCUGCCAACCCAACGAGCACAACUGCCUGGGCACCGAGCUCUGCAUCCACAUGAGCAAACUCUGCAAUGGGCUCCACGACUGCUUCGAUGGCUCUGACGAGGGCCCACACUGCCGGGAGCAAUUGGCCAACUGCUCAGCGCUGGACUGCCAGCACCACUGUGCACCAACGCUGUCCGGCCCUGUCUGCUACUGCAACCACUCCUUCCAGCUGGCUGAGGACAGGAGGAGCUGCAGAGACUUUGAUGAAUGCACCGUGUAUGGGACCUGCAGCCAGACGUGCAGCAACACAGAGGGCUCCUACACGUGCAGCUGUGUCGAGGGGUAUCUCCUGCAGCCAGACAACAGAUCCUGCAAAGCCAAAAAUGAGCCCGUGGAUCGCCCUCCUGUGCUGCUCAUUGCCAACUCUCAGAACAUCCUGGCCACGUACCUGAGCGGGGCCCCCGUGCCCAACAUCACCCCCACCAGCGCCAAGCAGACCACGGCCAUGGACUUCAACUACGUGGAGGACACGGUGUGCUGGGUCCACGUGGGUGACAGUGCCUCCCAGACCAUCCUCAAGUGUGCCAAGAUCCCCAACCUGAAGGGCUUUGUGGAAGAACGAUCCAUCAACAUCUCCCUGAGCCUGCACCACGUGGAGCAGAUGGCCAUCGACUGGCUCACGGGCAACUUCUACUUCGUGGAUGACAUUGAUGACAGGAUCUUCGUCUGCAACAAGAACGGGGACACCUGUGUCACACUGCUGGACCUGGAGCUGUACAAUCCCAAGGGAAUUGCGCUGGACCCAGCCAUGGGCAAGGUGUUCUUCACCGACUACGGGCAGAUCCCCAAGGUGGAGCGCUGUGACAUGGACGGGCAGAACCGCACCAAGCUGGUGGACAGCAAGAUCGUCUUCCCCCACGGCAUCACCUUGGACCUGGUGAACCGCCUGGUGUACUGGGCUGAUGCCUACCUGGACUACAUCGAGGUGGUGGACUACGAGGGCAAGAACAGGCACACCAUCAUCCAGGGCAUCCUGAUCGAACACCUGUAUGGGCUGACCGUGUUUGAGAACUACCUGUACGCCACCAACUCGGACAACGCCAACGCCCAGCAGAAAACCAGCGUGAUCCGUGUCAACCGCUUCAACAGCACCGAGUACCAGGUGGUGACACGGGUGGACAAGGGAGGAGCGCUGCACAUCUACCACCAGCGGCGCCAGCCCACAGUGCGCAGCCACGCCUGUGAGUCGGAUCAGUUUGGGAAGCCGGGAGGCUGCUCGGACAUUUGCCUGCUCGGGAACAGCCACAAGAGCCGGACCUGCCGCUGCCGCUCCGGCUUCAGCCUGGGCAGCGAUGGGAAAUCCUGCAAAAAGCCGGAGCACGAGCUGUUCCUGGUGUACGGGAAGGGGCGUCCUGGCAUCAUCCGUGGGAUGGACAUGGGUGCCAAGGUGCCAGAUGAGCACAUGAUCCCCAUCGAGAACCUCAUGAACCCCCGGGCUCUGGAUUUCCACGCCGAGACCGGCUUCAUCUACUUUGCUGACACCACCAGCUACCUCAUUGGGCGCCAGAAGAUCGAUGGCACGGAGAGGGAAACCAUCCUGAAGGACGGCAUCCACAAUGUGGAGGGGAUCGCUGUGGACUGGAUGGGGAACAACCUGUACUGGACAGAUGAUGGUCCCAAGAAGACCAUCAGUGUGGCACGGCUGGAAAAGGCUGCCCAGACCCGGAAGACGCUGAUCGAGGGGAAGAUGACGCAUCCCCGCGCCAUCGUGGUGGAUCCCCUGAAUGGGUGGAUGUACUGGACGGACUGGGAGGAGGAUCCCAAGGACAGCAAGAGAGGCAAGAUCGAGAGGGCCUGGAUGGAUGGUUCCAACCGCAACAUCUUCAUCACCUCCAAAACUGUCCUGUGGCCCAACGGGCUGAGCCUGGACAUCCCAGCCAAGAUCCUGUACUGGGUGGAUGCUUUCUACGACCGUAUCGAGAUGGUUUAUCUCAAUGGCACCGAGAGGAAGAUCGUGUAUGAGGGCCCGGAGCUGAACCACGCCUUUGGGCUGUGCCACUACAGCAAUUUUCUGUUCUGGACCGAGUACCGCAGUGGCAGCAUCUACCGGCUGGACCAGGCCUCCAAGGCCGUGAGCCUGCUCCGCAACGAGCGCCCGCCCAUCUUCGAGAUCCGCAUGUACGACGCACAGCAGCAGCAAGUGGGCUCCAACAAAUGCCGUGUCAACAACGGGGGCUGCAGCAGCCUGUGCCUGGCCACCCCCCGGGGCCGCCAGUGCGCCUGUGCCGAGGACCAGAUCCUGGGGCUGGACUCUGUCACCUGCCAGGCCAAUCCUUCCUACAUCCCCCCGCCGCAGUGCCAGCCCGGGGAGUUCGCCUGCAAGAACAACCGCUGCAUCCAGGAGCGCUGGAAAUGCGACGGGGACAACGACUGCCUGGACAACAGCGACGAGGCCCCCGAGCUCUGCCACCAGCACACCUGCCCUUCGGACCGCUUCAAGUGCAAGAACAACCGCUGCAUCCCCAACCGCUGGCUCUGUGAUGGGGACAACGACUGCGGGAACAACGAGGACGAGUCCAACUCCACCUGCUCAGCCCGGACCUGCUCCCCCAACCAGUUCUCCUGCGCCAGUGGCCGCUGCAUCCCCAUCUCCUGGACGUGUGACCUGGAUGAUGACUGCGGGGACCGCUCUGACGAGUCUGCCUCGUGUGCCUACCCGACCUGCUUCCCCCUGACACAGUUCACCUGCAACAACGGGCGCUGCAUCAACAUCAACUGGCGCUGUGACAACGACAACGACUGCGGGGACAACAGUGACGAGGCCGGCUGCAGCCACUCCUGCUCCAGCAACCAGUUCAAGUGCAACAGCGGGCGCUGCAUCCCCGUGCACUGGACCUGUGACGGGGACAACGACUGCGGCGACUACAGCGACGAGACCCACGCCAACUGCACCAACCAGGCCACGCGCCCGCCCGGGGGCUGCCACACGGACGAGUUCCAGUGCCGGCUGGACGGGCUGUGCAUCCCCAUGCGCUGGCGCUGUGACGGUGACACGGACUGCAUGGACUCCAGCGACGAGAAGAACUGCGAGGGGGUCACCCACGUCUGUGACCCCAAUGUCAAAUUCGGCUGCAAGGACUCAGCCCGGUGCAUCAGCAAGGCGUGGGUCUGUGACGGGGACAGCGACUGCGAGGACAACUCUGAUGAGGAGAACUGCGAGUCCCUGGUGUGCAAACCCCCCUCGCACACCUGUGCCAACAACACCUCCAUCUGCCUGCCCCCCGAGAAGCUCUGCGACGGCUCCGACGACUGCGGUGACGGCUCCGAUGAGGGCGAGCUCUGCGACCAGUGUUCGCUCAACAACGGCGGCUGCAGCCACAACUGCACAGUGGCCCCUGGCGAGGGCAUCGUGUGCUCCUGUCCCCUGGGCAUGGAGCUGGGUGCCGACAACAAGACCUGCCAGAUCCAGAGCUACUGUGCCAAGCACCUCAAGUGCAGCCAGAAGUGCGAGCAGGACAAGUACAAUGUCAAGUGCUCCUGCUACGAGGGCUGGAUGCUGGAGCCCGACGGCGAGAGCUGCCGCAGCCUGGACCCCUUCAAGCCGUUCAUCAUCUUCUCCAAUCGCCACGAGAUCCGGCGCAUCGACCUGCACCGAGGGGAUUACAGCGUCCUGGUGCCUGGGCUGCGCAACACCAUCGCCCUGGACUUCCACCUCAACCAGAGCUCCCUGUACUGGACAGACGUGGUGGAGGACAAGAUCUACAGGGGAAAGCUGCUGGAGAAUGGAGCUCUGACCAGCUUCGAGGUGGUGAUACAGUACGGCCUGGCCACCCCUGAGGGACUGGCCGUGGACUGGAUCGCUGGCAACAUCUACUGGGUGGAGAGCAACCUGGACCAGAUCGAGGUGGCCAAGCUGGAUGGCACCAUGAGGACCACGCUGCUGGCUGGGGACAUCGAGCACCCCCGCGCCAUCGCCCUGGACCCUCGCUAUGGGAUCCUGUUCUGGACGGACUGGGAUGCCAGCCUGCCCCGCAUCGAGGCUGCCUCCAUGAGCGGCGCGGGCCGGCGCACCAUCCACAAGGAGACGGGCUCGGGGGGGUGGCCCAACGGGCUCACUGUCGACUACCUGGAGAAGAGGAUCCUCUGGAUCGAUGCCAGGUCGGACGCCAUCUACUCAGCCCUGUAUGAUGGGACAGGGCACAUUGAGGUGCUGAGGGGACACGAGUACCUGUCCCACCCCUUUGCUGUCACCCUCUACGGGGGGGAGGUGUACUGGACCGACUGGCGCACCAACACCUUGGCCAAGGCCAACAAGUGGACGGGGCACAACGUGACCGUGGUGCAGAGGACCAACACUCAGCCCUUCGACCUGCAGGUGUAUCACCCCUCCCGGCAGCCCCUGGCUCCUAAUCCCUGUGAAGCCAACGGGGGCAAAGGACCGUGUUCCCACCUCUGCCUCAUCAACUACAACCGCACCUUGUCCUGUGCCUGCCCCCACCUCAUGAAACUGGACAAGGACAACACCACCUGCUAUGAGUUUAAGAAGUUCCUGCUGUACGCGCGGCAGAUGGAGAUCCGGGGCGUGGACAUCGACAACCCCUACUACAAUUACAUCAUCUCCUUCACCGUGCCCGACAUCGACAACGUCACCGUGGUGGACUACGACGCUCUGGAGCAGCGCAUUUACUGGUCAGAUGUCCGCACCCAGACCAUCAAGAGAGCCUUCAUCAACGGCACUGGCGUGGAGACCGUUGUCUCUGCAGACCUGCCCAAUGCUCACGGCCUCUCCGUGGAUUGGGUUUCCAGAAACCUCUUCUGGACCAGCUAUGACGCCAACAAGAAGCAGAUCAACGUGGCCAGGCUGGAUGGCUCCUUCAAGAACGCUGUGAUCCAGGGGCUGGACAAGCCUCACUGCCUGGUGGUGCACCCACUCCGGGGGAAGCUGUACUGGACAGAUGGGGACAACAUCAGUGUGGCCAACAUGGACGGCAGCAACCGCACGCUCCUCUUUACCAACCAGAAGGGACCUGUUGGUCUGGCCAUUGACUACCCAGAGAGCAAACUGUACUGGAUCAGCUCUGGCAAUGGCACCAUCAACAGGUGUGACCUGGAUGGCAGCAACCUGGAGGUGAUCGAGUCCCUGCGGGGCCAGCUGAGCAAGGCCACCGCCCUGGCCAUCAUGGGGAACAAGCUGUGGUGGGCUGACCAGGCCUCCGAGAGGAUGGGCACCUGCAACAAGAAGGACGGGACGGAGGUGACGGUGCUGCGCAACAGCACCACGCUGGUGAUGCACAUGAAGGUGUAUGAUGAGAGCAUCCAGCAAGCUGGGACCAAUCCCUGCAGCCAAAACAAUGGGGACUGCUCGCAGCUGUGCCUGCCCACCUCGGAGACCUCCCGCUCCUGCAUGUGCACCGCGGGCUACAGCCUCAAGAGCGGGCAGCAGUCCUGUGAAGGUGUUGGCUCCUUCCUCCUGUACUCGGUGCACGAGGGGAUCCGGGGCAUUCCCCUGGACCCCAAUGACAAGUCGGAUGCUCUCGUGCCGGUGUCGGGGACCUCCCUGGCUGUGGGAAUCGACUUCCAUGCAGAGAACGACACGAUUUACUGGGUGGACAUGGGCCUGAGCACCAUCAGUCGAGCCAAGCGGGACCAGACGUGGCGUGAGGACGUGGUGACCAACGGCAUUGGCCGUGUGGAGGGCAUUGCUGUGGACUGGAUUGCUGGAAACAUCUACUGGACGGACCAGGGCUUUGAUGUCAUCGAGGUGGCCAGGCUGAACGGGUCCUUCCGCUACGUGGUCAUCUCACAGGGGCUGGACAAGCCACGGGCCAUCACAGUCCAUCCAGAGAAGGGGUACCUGUUCUGGACGGAGUGGGGGCAGUACCCCCGCAUCGAGCGCUCGCGCCUGGACGGCACCGAGCGAAUGGUGCUGGUCAACGUCAGCAUCAGUUGGCCCAAUGGGAUUUCCGUGGACUACGAGGAUGGGAAGCUGUACUGGUGUGAUGCCAGGACAGACAAGAUCGAAAGGAUUGACCUGGAGACGGGCGAGAACCGAGAGGUUGUCCUGUCCAGCAACAACAUGGACAUGUUCUCCGUGUCGGUCUUCGAGGAAUACAUUUACUGGAGCGAUAGGACUCACGCCAACGGCUCCAUCAAAAGAGGCAACAAGGACAACGCCACCGAGUCGGUGUCCCUGCGGACUGGGAUCGGCGUGCAGCUCAAGGACAUCAAAGUCUUCAACCGGGCCCGGCAGAAGGGCACCAACAUCUGUGCCCAGAACAACGGGGGCUGCCAGCAGCUGUGCCUGUUCCGUGGCGGCGGGCAGAGGACGUGUGCCUGUGCCCACGGGAUGCUGUCGGAGGACGGCGUGAGCUGCCGGGACUACGACGGGUACCUGCUCUACUCGGAGCGCACCAUCCUCAAGAGCAUCCACCUCUCGGAUGAGAACAACCUCAACGCUCCCAUCAAGCCCUUCGAGGAUGCAGAGCACAUGAAGAAUGUCAUCGCCCUGGCCUUCGAUUACCGCUACGGCUCCAAGGGCAGCAACCGCAUCUUCUACAGCGACAUCCACUUCGGCAACAUCCAGCAGAUCAAUGAUGAUGGCACGGGGCGCAAGACCAUCGUGGAGAAUGUGGGCUCAGUGGAGGGGCUGGCAUACCACCGUGGCUGGGACACGCUGUACUGGACGAGCUACACCACGUCCACCAUCACCCGGCACACCGUGGACCAGAGCCGGAUCGGGGCCUUCGAGAGGGAGACCGUGAUCACCAUGUCAGGGGACGACCACCCCCGGGCCUUCGUGCUGGACGAGUGCCAGAACCUGAUGUUCUGGACCAACUGGAAUGAGCAGCACCCCAGCAUCAUGCGAGCCACCCUGUCCGGUGCCAACGUCCUCAUCAUCAUCGACCAGGACAUCCGGACACCCAACGGGUUGGCCAUUGACCACAAGGCUGAGAAGAUUUACUUCUCUGAUGCCACCCUGGACAAGAUCGAGCGAUUCUGUGAAGUGUCCAAGGACAGGUUGGAUGGGGAUUGGAGCAACCCUGGAAGGGAGUUGCCAUGGAGGAGGCUCGGAGUGAUCCUGAAGUCAGAGCCCGUGCACCCCUUUGGCCUGGCUGUGUAUGGUGAUUACAUCUUCUGGACAGACUGGGUGCGCCGCGCCGUGCAGCGCGCCAACAAAUACGUGGGCACCGACAUGAAACUGCUGCGUGUGGACAUCCCCCAGCAGCCCAUGGGCAUCAUCGCCGUGGCCAACGACACCGACAGCUGCGAGCUGUCCCUGUGCCGGGUGAACAAUGGGGGCUGCCAGGACCUGUGCCUGCUCACCCCCAAGGGCCACGUCAACUGCUCCUGCCGUGGGGAGCGGGUCCUGCAGGAGGAUUUCACCUGCAAAGCUCUGAAUUCCACCUGCAACGUGGAUGAGUUUGAGUGCGGGAACGGCGACUGCAUCGACUUCAGCCGCACCUGCGACGGCGUCGUGCACUGCAAGGACAAGUCGGAUGAGAAGCAGUCCUACUGCAGCAGCCGCAAGUGCAAGAAGGGAUACCUGCACUGCAUGAACGGGCGCUGCGUCGCCAGUCGCUACUGGUGUGACGGCGUGGACAACUGCGGGGACAACUCGGACGAGGUGCCCUGUAACAAAACCAGCUGUGCUGCCACCGAGUUCCGCUGCCGGGAUGGGACCUGCAUCGGGAAUUCCAGCCGCUGCAACCAGUUCAUCGACUGCGAGGAUGCAUCAGAUGAAAUGAACUGCACCGCCACCGACUGCAGCAGCUACUUCAGGCUGGGGGUGAAGGGCACCACGUUCCAGAAGUGCGAGCACACGUCCCUGUGCUACGCUCCCAGCUGGGUGUGCGACGGCGCCAACGACUGCGGCGAUUACUCGGACGAGCGCAACUGCCCCGGUGGGAGGAAGCCCAAAUGUCCAUCCAACUACUUUGCCUGCCCGAGUGGGAGGUGCAUCCCCAUGACCUGGACCUGUGACAAGGAGAACGACUGCGAGAACGGCGAAGAUGAGACCCAGUGCAGUGAGCGGCAGGACAAGUUCUGCUACCCCGUGCAGUUUGAGUGCAACAACCACCGCUGCAUCUCCAAGCUCUGGGUGUGUGAUGGGGCUGAUGACUGCGGGGAUGGCUCUGACGAGGACAGUCGCUGCCGGCUGACCACCUGCAGCUCAGGAUCCUUCCAGUGCCCGGGCACCUACGUGUGCGUGCCGGAGCGCUGGCUCUGUGACGGGGACAAGGACUGCGCGGACGGGGCCGAUGAGACCCUCGCUGCCGGCUGCUUGUACAACAACACCUGUGAUGAGAGGGAGUUCAUGUGUGGGAACCGGCAGUGCAUCCCCAAGCACUUCGUCUGCGACCAUGACGACGACUGCGGCGACGGCUCCGACGAAUCCCCAGAAUGUGAAUAUCCCACCUGUGGCCCCCACGAGUUCCGCUGUCAGAACGGCCGCUGCCUCAGCAACCGGCAGUGGGAGUGUGAUGGGGAGUUCGACUGCCACGACCACUCGGACGAGGCGCCCAAGAACCCGCGCUGCAGCAGCCCAGAAAACAAGUGCAACGACUCCUUCUUCCUCUGCAAGAACGGGAAUUGCAUCUCCGAGGCGCUGCUCUGCGACAACAACAACGACUGCGCCGACGGCUCUGAUGAGCUCAACUGCUUCAUCAACGAGUGCCUCAACAAGAAGCUGAGUGGCUGCUCCCAGGAGUGUGAGGACCUGAAGAUUGGGUACAAGUGCAGAUGCCGUCCCGGGUUCCGGCUGAAGGACGACGGGAAGACGUGCAUCGACAUCGACGAGUGCUCCACCACCUACCCCUGCAGCCAGAAAUGCAUCAACACCCUGGGCAGCUACAAGUGCCUCUGCACUGAGGGCUACAAGCUCAGACCUGACAACCCCACCAGCUGCAAGGCUGUCACAGAUGAAGAGCCUUUCCUCAUCUUCGCCAACCGCUACUAUCUGAGGAAGCUCAACCUGGACGGCUCCAACUACACACUGCUCAAGCAGGGGCUGAACAACGCUGUGGCUCUGGAUUUUGACUACCGGGAGCAGAUGAUCUACUGGACAGAUGUCACCACGCAGGGCAGCAUGAUCCGCCGCAUGCACAUCAACGGCAGCAACGUCCAGGUCCUUCACCGCACGGGGCUCAGCAACCCCGACGGGCUGGCUGUGGACUGGGUGGGAGGAAACCUGUACUGGUGUGACAAGGGCCGGGACACCAUCGAGGUGUCGAAGCUGAACGGCGCGUACCGCACCGUGCUGGUCAACUCGGGCCUGCGCGAGCCCCGCGCCCUCGUGGUGGACGUGCAGAACGGCUACCUCUACUGGACAGACUGGGGAGAUCACUCUCUGAUUGGGAAGAUUGGCAUGGACGGCACCAACCGCAGCGUCAUCGUGGACACCAAGAUCACGUGGCCCAAUGGCCUCACCCUGGACUACAUCAACAGCCGGAUCUACUGGGCCGAUGCCCGCGAGGAUUACAUCGAGUUCGCCAGCCUGGACGGCUCCAACCGGCACACAGUGCUGAGCCAGGACAUCCCACACAUCUUCGCCCUCACCCUCUUCGAGGAUUUCAUCUACUGGACCGACUGGGAGACCAAGUCCAUCAACCGGGCCCACAAGACAACAGGAGCCAACAAGACACUGCUGAUCAGCACCUUGCACCGGCCCAUGGACAUCCACAUCUACCACCCCUACCGCCAGCCCGACGUUCCCAACCAUCCCUGCAAGACCAACAACGGUGGCUGCAGCAACCUGUGCCUGCUCUCGCCAGGUGGGGGGCACAAGUGUGCCUGUCCCACCAACUUCUACCUGGGCAGCGAUGGCAAAACCUGUGUGUCCAACUGCACAGCCAGCCAGUUUGUCUGCAAGAACGACAAGUGCAUCCCUUUCUGGUGGAAAUGCGACACCGAGGACGACUGCGGGGACCGGUCGGACGAGCCGGAGGAUUGCCCUGAGUUCAAGUGCAGGCCAGGGCAGUUCCAGUGCUCCACAGGGAUCUGCACCAACCCCGCCUUCAUCUGCGACGGCGACAACGACUGCCAGGACAACUCGGACGAGGCCAACUGUGACAUCCACGUGUGCCUGCCCAGCCAGUUCAAAUGCACCAACACCAACCGCUGCAUCCCCGGCAUCUUCCGCUGCAACGGGCAGGACAACUGUGGGGACGGCGAGGACGAGAAGGACUGUCCGGAGGUGACCUGUGCCCCCAACCAGUUCCAGUGUGCCAUCACCAAGCGCUGCAUCCCCCGUGUCUGGGUCUGUGACCGUGACAACGACUGCGUGGAUGGCUCUGAUGAACCUGCCAACUGCACCCAAAUGACCUGUGGUGUGGAUGAGUUCCGGUGCAAGGACUCGGGCCGGUGCAUCCCAGCACGCUGGAAAUGUGAUGGGGAGGACGACUGUGGGGAUGGAUCUGAUGAGCCCAAGGAGGAAUGCGACGAGCGCACGUGUGAGCCGUACCAGUUCCGCUGCAAGAACAACCGCUGUGUGCCGGGGCGCUGGCAGUGUGACUACGACAACGACUGCGGGGACAACUCUGACGAGGAGAGCUGCACACCUCGGCCCUGCUCUGAGAGCGAGUUCUCGUGUGCCAAUGGCCGCUGCAUCGCGGGCAGGUGGAAAUGUGACGGGGACCACGACUGCGCCGACGGCUCCGAUGAGAAAGACUGCAUCCCCCGCUGUGAGUUCGACCAGUUCCAGUGCAAGAACGGGCACUGCAUCCCCAUGCGCUGGCGCUGCGACGCCGAUGCCGACUGCAUGGACGGCAGCGACGAGGAGAACUGCGGCACGGGGGUUCGCACGUGUCCCCUGGACGAGUUCCAGUGCAACAACACCCUGUGCAAGCCCCUGGCCUGGAAGUGUGAUGGGGAGGACGAUUGUGGGGACAACUCGGAUGAAAAUCCCGAGGAGUGCUUGAAAUUCCAGUGUCCCCCCAACAGACCGUUCCGCUGCAAGAACGACCGGGUAUGUCUGUGGAUCGGUCGACAGUGCGACGGCAUUGACAACUGUGGAGAUAACACGGAUGAGAAGGACUGCGAGUCACCCACGGCCAAGCCCAAGAGCUGCAGCCAGGACAAGAACGAGUUCCUGUGUGGGAACAAGAAGUGCAUCAGUGCCAACCUCCGCUGCAACUUCUUCGAUGACUGCGGGGACGGCUCCGAUGAGGAAUCCUGCUCCCACGAGCACAAGUCAUACGACUGCAUGACCAACACCACCAUGUGCGGGGAUGAGGCCCAGUGCAUCCAGUCCCAGUCUGCCUCGUACUGCACCUGCCGCAGAGGAUUCCAGAAGGUGCCGGACAAAAAUUUUUGCCAAGACAUCAACGAGUGCCUGCGCUUCGGGACCUGCUCCCAGCUCUGCAACAACACCAAGGGCUCCCAUGUCUGCAGCUGCGCCAAGAACUUCAUGAAGACAGACAACAUGUGCAAGGCAGAAGGCUCCGAGCACCAGAUCCUCUACAUCGCAGACGACAACAAGAUCAGGAGCAUGUACCCCUUCAACCCCAACUCUGCCUACGAGCCAGCCUUCCAGGGCGACGAAAACGUGCGCAUCGAUGCCAUGGACAUCUACGUCAAGGGCAACAAGAUCUACUGGACCAACUGGCACACGGGCCGGAUCUCGUACCGGGAGCUGCCCGCCUCCUCCUCCGCCUCCACCGCCUCCAACCGCAACCGGCGCCAGAUCGACGGCGGCGUCACACACCUGAACAUCUCAGGGCUGAAGAUGCCACGGGGAAUCGCCAUCGAUUGGGUGGCCGGGAACAUCUAUUGGACGGACUCGGGGCGGGACGUCAUCGAGGUGGCGCAGAUGAAGGGCGAGAACCGCAAGACGCUGAUUUCGGGGAUGAUCGAUGAGCCCCAUGCCAUCGUGGUUGACCCACUGCGAGGAACAAUGUACUGGUCAGACUGGGGCAAUCACCCCAAGAUCGAGACGGCUGCCAUGGAUGGGACACUGCGGGAGACCCUGGUGCAGGACAACAUCCAGUGGCCAACAGGCCUGGCCGUGGACUACCACAACGAGAGGUUGUACUGGGCCGAUGCCAAGCUCUCCGUCAUCGGCAGCAUCCGGCUCAACGGCACCGACCCCGUCGUGGCCAUCGACAACAAGAAGGGGCUGAGCCACCCGUUCAGCAUCGACAUCUUUGAGGACUACAUCUAUGGUGUCACCUACAUCAACAACCGCAUCUUCAAGAUUCACAAGUUCGGGCACAAGCCCGUCACCAACCUGACAUCCGGCCUCAACCACGCCACCGACGUCGUGCUCUACCACCAGUACAAGCAGCCAGAGGUGACCAACCCUUGUGACCGCAAGAAGUGCGAGUGGCUCUGCCUGCUGAGCCCCAGCGGCCCCGUGUGCACCUGCCCCAACGGCAAACGCCUGGACAAUGGCACCUGCGUGGUCAUUCCCUCGCCCACCGUGUCCCCUGUGGUGCCCACCACGGACACGUGUGACCUGGUGUGCCUGAACGGCGGCAGCUGCUUCCUGAACGCCCGCAAGCAGGCCAAGUGCCGCUGCCAGCCGCGCUACAACGGGGACAAGUGCCAGAUCGACCAGUGCUGGGACUACUGCCAGAACGGGGGCACCUGCGCCGCCUCCCCCUCAGGAAUGCCAACCUGCCGCUGCCCCACCGGCUUCACCGGGCCCCGGUGCAACCAGCAGGUGUGCACGGAUUACUGCCAGCACAACGGCAGCUGCACCGUGAACCAGGGCAACCAGCCCAGCUGCCGCUGCCUGCCCACCUUCAUCGGGGACCGCUGCCAGUACCGGCAGUGCUUCGACUAUUGUGAGAAUGAUGGUGUGUGCCAGAUGACAGCCAGCGGUGCCAAGCAGUGCCGCUGCCCCCCUCAGUUUGAGGGUGCCCAGUGCCAGGAGAACAAAUGCUCCCGGUGCCAGGAGGGCAAGUGCAGCAUCAACAAGCAGAGCGGGGAGGUCUCCUGCAUCUGCCCUGACGGGAAAAUAGCACCGAGCUGCCUGACCUGUGACAAUUACUGCCUGCACGGCGGGACCUGCUCCAUCAGCGACAAGACACAGCUGCCCGAGUGCCUGUGUCCCUCGGGGAUGACGGGCACGCGCUGCGAGGAUUUCAUCGUGGGCGAGCAGCAGAGCAGCCGAACAGCCUCCAUCGUCAUCCCCAUCCUGCUGCUGCUCAUCCUCCUCACCGUGGUGGCUUUUGUCUGGUACAAGUGGAGAAUUAAAGGUGCCAAGGGCUUCCAGCACCAGCGGAUGACAAACGGUGCCAUGAACGUGGAAAUUGGGAAUCCCACCUACAAAAUGUACGAGGGGGAGCCCGAUGAUGACGUGGGGGAGCUGCUGGACGCCGACUUUGCCCUGGACCCUGACAAGCCCACCAACUUCACCAACCCGGUUUAUGCCACGCUGUACAUGGGCGCCCACAACAGCCGCAACUCCCUGGCCAGCACGGACGAGAAGCGGGAGCUGCUGGCACGGGGGGACGACGACCUGGCAGACCCCCUGGCAUAG